AUGGAUCCAAAUUCUUCUGCCAGCACAUUACAAGCCAAACUAAACGCUCUCAUCCAAAAAUACGAACAAAGUCACCCAACAUCCAGCAAAGCUUUUGAAAGAGCUCAAAAAGUGCUUCCAGCUGGGAGUACCCGAUCUGUUCUUGUCUCCGAUCCCUUUCCUUUGGUAGUGAAGUCCGCACAAGGCGCUACAAUCACAACAGUCGACGGCUUGCAGUUCGAGGACUUCGUCUCCGACUAUUCAGCAGGAAUAUAUGGGCACUCCCAUCCGGUCAUUCAUGAUGCCGUUCAAGAAGCCUUAUCAAGAGGAUUUAGCAUAGGCGGUAUCACAGAAAAAGAAGCCGAACUCGCAGAGAUUUUGAUCGACAGAAUUCCCUGCAUGGAUAAAGUUCGAUUCUGCAAUUCCGGGACAGAGGCGAAUACGUUUGCUAUUGCUACUGCGAUGGCAUAUACAAAGAGAAUAAAGAUCAUGGUAUUUGAUAAUGGAUACCAUGGCGGAACUCUCAGCUUCUCCACAGGAGACAAUCCCAUGAAUCUGCCCCAUGAGUUCGUGAUGGGCAAGUUCAACAAUAUCGAAGAAACAAGCCCUCUCAUCACAGACCUUGCAGCCAUUCUAGUUGAACCCCUUCAAGCAGCCGGAGGUAUGCGUCCCGCUACACCGGAAUUCCUUUCGUUCCUCCGUCAAGCAGCGAGCGAGACUGGCGCCGUUCUGAUCUUCGACGAAGUGGUCACCUCAAGACUUCACUAUAAUGGUUUACAAGGUCACUGGAAUAUCAUACCCGACAUGACGACUGUGGGAAAAUAUCUUGGCGGUGGAUUCCCAUUCGGGGCCUUUGGUGGCUCAGCAAAGAUUAUGGACCGAUUUGAUUCGACUGAUAAGUCAAUUGCUCUUCACCAUUCAGGGACAUUCAAUAAUAAUAUCUUUACGAUGUGCGCUGCUGUUGCGGCGGCGAAGCUGAUUACGCAGGAGGAGCUUCAACGACUGAAUCGGAUGGGGGAUCAAUUUCGAAGACAAGCAGAAUUCUUGAUCCAAAGUUCUGGAGUUAAGGAGAUGGAAUUCAGUGGGCAUGGAAGUGCAAUUGGUGUUCAUUUUACGGGGUCUGAGUCUGAAACUAUGAAAGAGUGUUUUUAUUUUACACUUCUCGAUCAAGGGAUUAGUAUCGGGAGACGAGGCUUUAUCUCUCUGAACCUGAUGCAUACCGAAGCUUCUAUCGAUCGCCUUCUGGACGCCGUGUCUGUGUUUCUUGAUAACGUGAGAUAG